AUGAUGAACUUACGCAAAUACUUCAACACCCUUCCUACUACAGCUGUAACAAAGACAACUAUUCAUUCAUCCCACUCCACACCAACACUUUCUAAAUCAGAUGCAAAAACUGCUACCAACGACAUAAUAAUGCCCACCACAACUACUACUUCAGUACCAGCACCAAGCACCGACUACGCAUCUUUAAACGAGGUUGUUAAGGGUGCGCAAACUCCUUCGAGCAGUACCUCGGCGUUUUUCACAUUUGACGCUACAUUGAACGAACUAUAUCCCAACCUACCUUCUAACUACAAAUUAAUAAAUAUUCUAGGUGAAGGUGCGUUUUCCACUGUUUACAAGGCAGUUGAUACUACUCAGAAUAAGCCAGUUGCCAUCAAGAUUAUUAGUAAGGCUCAUCUUACGUCAAAGCAGUUUCACAACAUCAAGAAUGAAAUAAAGAUUAUGAAACGUACUCAUCAUCCAAAUGUAUUGCAAUUGUAUGAUUCGUUUGACACGCCUGAUCACUGCUUUUUAAUCUUGGAGUAUUGCAAUGGUGGAGAAAUUUUCAAUAAAAUUAUAGAGUACACAUACUUUUCGGAACCAUUAUCACGUCAUGUAUUUAAACAAUUGUUAUCGGCCAUUGAUAACCUCCACAAGUUGAAUAUCGUCCACCGUGACAUUAAACCGGAAAACUUGUUGUUUAAAAAGAUUCCAUUUUUUGCAAGGUCAGUUGAAGAAAGUGAGAAACAGGCUAGGAAAUCAGAUGACGAUUGCAAAGUUGAUGAAGGUGAAUUUAAACCAAAUGUCGGUGGAGGAACAAUUGGUGUUAUCAAGUUGGCCGACUUUGGCUUGGCUAAGCAAUUGAUUGAUGACCAAGACAACUCCAGUGUGCCAAUGAAGACACCAUGUGGUACUGCUGGGUACACUGCACCUGAGGUUAUCACAUGCAAUGCAAGAAGUGACGGCGUUCACCUGAAAAAGACGAGAAACCAAUAUUCAAAAGCGGUUGAUAUUUGGUCAUUAGGAUGUUUCUUGUACACUAUAUUGUGUGGAUUCCCACCAUUUUAUGAUGAUGACGCUAAUGAUGUUACUAUGAAGAUCCUUCGCGGGGAUUAUGUAUUUUUACAACCUUGGUGGGAUGAGAUUAGCGAUGAUGCAAAAGAUUUGAUUACAAAGAUGUUGGAAGUCAAUCCAGAAAAGAGGAUUACUAUUGACGAAAUCUGGCAUCAUCCAUGGGUUGCACAAGGACAAAAGAGCGGCAUGACCAGUAAUGGAGACUUGGUGGAAGCUUCUCAUUAUUUUGAGCAAAAUUACGAGGUUGACCAUGUGGAGGACAUUGGCAAUGAUGAAUUGAUUAUUCCAAUGUCAAACCAGCCUAUAUUAUCGCCAAGAGCACAUGCCAUUAAAGUUGUGUUUGACAAUCCAGCCAUGCUUGGAAGCUUUAAUGAUGUGUCGUCUCAGUUUAUAGAGAACAUCGACGAGGAAGAGGAGGAGGAAGAAGAAGAAGAAGAAGAUGAUGAUGACGAUGAUACAGCUCACAUUAGUAUACACAAAGUUCUUCACAGGACCAAAGAUCACAUUCCCACGCCCAUGCCAAAAGAACUCAAUUUUAAGAAUGUAUUCAACAUUGAUAAGUCACAACUUGAUGUGUCUGGUGAUGACUCAGAUGACGACGUUUCCGAAGAUGAAGUAUCCGAAUUGGAAGAUGAUUUAGCCAGUUUACAACUCACACCAAAACUUAUGACGAGAUCAAGAAAUAGUAGUCAACCUCAAUGCCAACAAUAUGCAGGUAAAAUCUUGGAUGAGGAAAUGGAUGAUUAUUCCAAUUCUGAUAAUGAAAUAUCUGAAUGGACGAGAUCAUCGUCAAUUAUUUCAGGUAUCGAGUCAUUCAAGUUGACCUUAACUGAUUCGAACUUAUUAGCUAGAAGGAAAAGUUCACGUAAAACGUCAGCAGUGACAACAGCAACAACGGAUAAACGACAAGAACAACAAGUAUCAUAA